AUGAGUUUAAGUGCAACAGAUAGCUGUGGAAAGAACUUGCAGUACCGAGUAGAUCAUCUUCUCAGUGCGGUGGAAAAUGAACUUCAAGCUGGCAGUGAGAAAGGAGAUCCCACAGAAAGAGAUCUUAAAGUUACUCUGGAGGACCAGGAACUGUGGCAGAGAUUCAAGGAGCUCACCAAUGAGAUGAUUGUCACUAAAAAUGGAAGACGAAUGUUUCCUGUGUUGAAAGUGAGUGUCUCAGGCCUGGACCCAAAUGCUAUGUAUACUUUCCUGCUGGAUUUUGUAGCAGCAGACAACCAUCGAUGGAAGUAUGUGAAUGGAGAAUGGGUGCCAGGGGGUAAACCAGAGCCUCAGGCGCCCAGCUGUGUUUAUAUUCACCCUGACUCUCCCAACUUUGGAGCUCACUGGAUGAAAGACCCUGUCUCUUUCAGCAAAGUCAAACUUACCAAUAAAAUGAACAGUGGAGGUCAGAUAAUGUUAAACUCUUUACACAAGUAUGAGCCCAGAAUUCACAUAGUGAGAGUUGGAGGACCACAACGGAUGAUUACAAGUCAUUCCUUUCAUGAAACUCAGUUUAUAGCUGUGACAGCCUAUCAGAAUGAAGAGAUUACAUCUCUUAAAAUUAAGCACAACCCAUUUGCAAAGGCAUUCCUGGAUGCUAAAGAAAGGAAUGAUAACAAAGAUCUCUUGGAAGAAGGAAUUGAUAGUCAGCAAGGUUUUUCGCAAUUAGGGAGUUGGCUGAUUCCUGGCACUGGAUCACUGUGCACACCAGCUAAUCCUCACUCUCAGUUCGUAGCCCCAUUAUCUCUUUCUUCUUCCCAUGGCUGUGAUAGAUAUUCGUCUUUGCGGAAUCACCGGGCAGCUCCAUAUCCCAGUCCAUACUCUCACAGAAACAAUUCUCCAACAAGCAUAACAGAUAAUUCAACCAGUUGCCUAUCUAUGCUUCAGCCACAUGACAACUGGUCCUGUCUCCAAAUGUCAGCCCAUACAGGAAUGCUACCAAUGACUCACAACACUGGAGCUUCAACCAACACCAGUCAGUAUCCUAGUUUGUGGUCAGUCAACAACAGCACCAUCACACCAGUCUCUCAGUCUGGAGGCAUUUCUAACAGCCUAGGAUCUCAGUACUUGAGGGGUUCUCCAGCACACUACCCAUCUCUUUCUCAUGGAGUACCUUCACCUUCCUCAGGAUCUCCCCUAUAUGAUCAUGGAGCAACUACAGAAAUUACAGACAACCAAUAUGAAAUCACAAACCAUUCCAGGUUAUCUUCGCCAUGGACAGCAGUUACACCAAAUUCAAUGUAA